AUGAAACUUCUUGAAGCCUGGUCCAGUUCUCGAGUCGAUGUAAAACUUGAAGGAGCUCGAGCUGAAGCGCUGACGGGGUACGAUCCUCCCGACGAUGUUGAACAGCAAGCCGCGCUUGUCCAUCUCGCCGCUCACCAGUUUUACCCAAAGGUGAUUUUGCCACACCCCAACGUGCUGCCGCCGCAUAGUUGCGGCAAGCUGGAAUAUUUCCACGGGAGUCUUGCCGUCAUCGAGGUGGUUCUUGCCGGGCGUAGAAUCCUCACAUUAGUUUGGGAGCCGUUGGUUGGUGAUCCGAACAGAGUGGCGCAACACGUAGCAGAAGAGCUGAGCUUCGUGACGGCAUUCUCGCACUGUUCAAUGGAUGAUUGUGCUCCACCUUUCGUCGACUUGCGUAAUUUUUUCUCGAGGUUGCAAUUCCUUGAGCUGAUAGACGGGGACUCUGCCGCUGAUGUGGAUGCGGUUGAUAAUCUGCCUCAUCUGAUUGGGCUUAUCUUUCGUCUCUCCAUUCUCUAUCGCGCGGUACUCUGUCGACUAGGGGCGGCAGAUGUUCGCGAUGCCUUUUUGCGGUGCCACAGUUUAAAGUUUGUCGACAUCGAGAAAGAAGAUAUCUUAUACAGGAAGUAG